AUGUCAUAUCCUUAUAAUAUUAACAAUAACGACCAUAAUGCUGCUGUUGGAUAUAAUAAUGAUGGAUAUGCUGACUAUGGAAAUAAUGACAAUAAGUUUCAAGAGCAGCAAUUUCAGCAAGCACAGGUCGUUUAUGAAAAUAAUAGAUAUCCACCAAUUGACAAUAGACCGUCAAAUUACAAGAACAAUUUAGGUCCAGAAUAUUCACAAAAACCAGAACUUUUACAAAAUUACAAUAACGCUUCAACAAAUUAUUCUUCACCACCUUUAGAAGUGUACCCACCGUCGUCCGGAAAACAACCAUAUCAAGAAAGACAACAGCAAGGCAUACCAGAUCCUUCAAUUCCAACAUUUGGUCAACAAGAAAUGCAGUCACAAUAUAGCACACAACAACAAUUUAGUCCUUACGAUCCAAAUUAUCCAAAUUAUCCAAAUUAUAAUAAUUAUAAUUCACCGAUGCAAACACCUUUAUAUAAUUAUCAAAUGCAAACACCACCAACGUCUUAUGGCCAUGAUUUACCACCGGUGCCUCCUUCCAAUUAUAAUCAAAUUUCAAAACCAGGCUAUUCUCCAUCAUCAAAUAAUUUAAAUCAAACUCAACCAUAUUCAUACUCAAAAGAUCCUUAUCAUCAGAUCAAUUAUUCUCAGCCUCAAAAUACAACAUAUACAUCAAAUGAUCCACGUCCUCCGAAGAUUAAUUCACCGCCAUUAAAUUUAUCAAACAAACCUCGUCCUCCCGAAAAUUAUUCUCCACCUCAAACCACAGAAAAUGCUUCAUACACAUCAAAUGAUCCACGUCCUCCGAAAAAUUAUUCUCCACCUUUAAAUACAACAUAUACUUCAAAUGAUUCACGUCCUCCAAAAAGUUCUACUCCACCUCAAAUCACUGAAAAUUCUCCACGUCCUCCGAAAAAUUAUUCACCAGCUCCUAAUACUUCAUCUCAAAAUAAUGAUUCUCAUACCCCAGAUAAUUAUUCACCCACACAAGUUGGAAUGGAUGCCACAACUUACGUUGGUGGAAAUAAGAAAGAACGAAUUUCGCAAAAGAAUGAUAAUUGUUGUCCAGAAAUUUCAAUUUGUGGAUGCAUAAGAUGUACAUGCACACUAUUUGUUCUUAUUAUUGGUGUAAUUUUUAUCAUUAUUGGUGUGGGAAUGUAUAUUUAUUCAAGGACGCUCCCUUCAGCAUGUGGUUCGCCUUGUGAUCCCAGUCAAAUCACUAAUUCAACAAAUUCAACAACAUCGGCUAUUCCAGGCAAUGUUACAGAUACUGUUAAUCAAACUGCUAACGAUGGUGGCGCUCAAUGUAAAUUAAUAUGCCAGAAGAUCAUAUAUAAUGUACUACAAUGGGGUGGAAUUGGUUGUUUUGGUUUAGGUGUAUUAAUAGUAUUAAUACAGGUUUUAAAAAUGCUAUGUAGACUUGGUAAAGGAGGAUCAAGUUGUUGUUUCUGUUGUUAA